AUGUCUUACUGUGAAGCAGCCAUAGAGGAUCCACUUAUUAAGCUGGACUUCUACAAAUUACGGAAGUAUGAUGAGAUCAACUACGAAGCGCACUUUUUGCGCACCAAAAUUGACAUAACCAAAGAGCAAUUGUCCCCUCUUGAUAAACAAAUGCUCGAAUUAUUUGAUGAUUAUGAAAGACGUAUAGAAAAGCAAUUACCUAUUAUUAGCAUUUUGAGUGAAGCCCCUGACCUCGCCAUUGUGCGUCGGGAGUUAGUGGACAAUGCAAGAGAAGCAGCAAAAGUUGCCAUGUUAAUUAAGCUGUUAGAUGAUCAAAAAAAGUCAUGCUCACUGCUGUCGAUUAGACCUAUCAAACCGCGGUCAAGCCCUCUGGCUUCAUCAUCCUCCACCUCCAUUACUAAGUUAGAUACAAGUUCUGGAGCAAUGAAGAAGAAAGCGACAAGGGGACGACCUAAAAAUGCAGCGAAAGUGAGGCCACCAAAACCUGUUGAAACGGAGAAGCUGGCCUUCGAUUGUUUACAGAGUCCUACCCAAUUAGUUAGGGAACCAUUAUCUACGGUGAAUUCAAAAUUGAAGUCAUCUGAAGAAGAAAACAGCCCCUCCCAGAAUCAGCAUCACUUUUUCGUAACGUUGAAGAUCAAGAGUGCUCAAAAACUAGAUUCAGCUAAGGAUUGUUCAAAAUUGCCUAACAGUCUGCUUAGUGCGCUUUGUGAUUCUCAAGCAUCUUCUGAUGUAUCCGAAUUAAAACUUGGAUCGCAACCAUCAACACUUUUAGUCGCGCAGGUUGCGCAAAACUCCCCAAAUGAGGAGAACAAUGGGAGUAUUGGAGAAUCUUACUAUCAAGAGCCUAUAUCUCAACCUACAAGUUCUCAUCCCUUACAAGCACAGAAAAUUCAACAAUUCGCUUCUACUACCGAUGUUAAUGGGUUUCUGCCUGCAUUUGAUAUAGCAAAUGCCACAUCUGUUAACACUGCACCUAAUCGUCAAAUGCCGGGAGUUAACGGUAACGAUUCAUCAACAGUUAAAGCGACUGCACAUGGUACAGACGAGACAGGUAUAGGACCUCUAGUUACUACUUUCGUACCAUCAUUCGGUAUCAACAGGGUUGUACUAACAAGUCCCUUGUAUAGAGCCAGUCCUGUACUUGGCAAGCAGGGUACCAACCCAGUCUUUGUGGAUCCGCAGGCUGUGGUACCUAUGAACAACGUAUGGCCUUCCAAUUAUAAUCCAUCUGGCAUGACCCCUGUUAGGUCUGUUAAUAACGCCACAGAGAUAUCGAGUAUUAACCAAUCCACUAAAGCUUCUAAAGUUGUUAACACAUCGAAGCCGGCACCCAUAGGGAGAGAUAUGAUUUAUCGAGCAAGUGUUGCCGGAAGUGGACAUCAACCAAUCGAGCCGAAAUGUCUCAAAGACAAAAUUUUAGAAAUGCAGAGACGUGCUGAGCACGUGAGGUCAAAAUUACGCGCAAGUGCACCAUUGCACUCAUUCGAACAGUUUCCUACAUGGUCCCCUUUAUAUGUUAAAACUGUUUUUGAAGCUGCAGCGCGAUCUAAUGUCGCAGAAAACAAGCGAAACAAUGUACAACAACUAUAUGACACGAGAUUCAAUAUAUCCAUUACUAAAAGGCAAGCCAAUUACUUGUUAUUGCAUUAUGGCUUAAGAUUCAACUCCCCGUCUCCUAUACUGUUUACUCCAGUAUUAGAUUCAAUACAGAAUGCGUUCCCUGGGGAAAUUGAUAAGAUAAGAGAAGAGGUGAAGAGGAGAACAGGGUUUCAGUUGAGUGUAUUCGAUGCAGAAUUCGCUGUUCAAAUGAGAAAGCUUUUUUUAAAAGUUUACAAACUGCAUGCGGAACCAGAAGAAAAUUACAUGCCGUACUUCAAAGAGUACAAUAGAAUCAUGCCUCGAAGACCAUACUCGACAUUUAUGGCCUUGAGUGCAAUGAACCUAAGUGAAAUCGUUGACCGUACAGCCCCAUCACGAUCUAAUUCUUCAUCUCCAGACUCACGUGACAAAGAUUCAGAUAAAAGCGAAUCAAAGAAGGCAUUGACCUCUAUCAAUACAAAUAAAGAGAAGUCUCCUACCAUAGAGGUUUUACCAGAUAGCAUACUACCCGAGAACAACGAAAUCAAUUCAACGAAUAUCAAUAAGAAAAGUGUAACUGGUGACGACUUUUUGGGCGAUAAGAAAUUGUUACUGAAGAUUCGCAAACUUUAUACGCCUUUGUCAAGCGACAUAUCCAAUCGUCCACAAGUUGUUCAAGAAGCAUUGUUGAAGGAUGAUGAUGUAAGACUUGACAUUAGUCAGAUUAAACAGGCAUUGGCUUUUCUAGGUCUAGGUCUGAAACAAAGUCUGAACAAAUUAAACAGUAGCUUGCUUACAAAAUCUCCCGCUUAUUUCCAAACUACCAGUUUGGUUUCUAAUGGCGACACAACCAAAUCGCAUGCCAUUUGGCUGAUAAGUAAUAAUAAGAGGAAGGGAAAUAUUGAAGUUUCUCAUCUGGAUUUCAAUUCUAGGAAGUCAAUGUCUCCCUCGGGACAAGUUUCUUCUGGUAAUAUGAAUAAACCUAGUCCUCAAGCACACUCUAUUAAUCUGUUACCCGAAUUGCCAAGUAAAUCAUUUACGGCGAUGAAUGAGAGGUCCCAGGUUCUUACUUCAACCCAACCCCCUAACGAACUGCUGGGAAUAACGCGCACUAAAACGAGGUUGUCAGAUUGUGUCACAGUGGCACCACCGGGUUCUGGUGAACCCAAACUUCACAACAUGAAUAACCAACAAGUAUUCAUAGACCUCUCAAAAUCAGAUGAAGUUAUACCCAACUAUGAAAAUUCAACUGUUGUCACAGGGAAGUCGGAUGGACGGGUUCAAAAUUUAAAAGUGGGAGAGUCAUCUCCAUUAAAAAAUGUCGAUGCAUCCCCAUCGCGAAGGUUCUAUAAUAAAACCAACUCCUCACCAAUAAUUACCACCUCAGCUUCUCCUCUUACUCUGAGAAAUAAAGAAAACAACUUAUAA